UGAACUCAUUCUUUGCUUUGCUCCUGUAUCUUUGCCAAUCCACAAUUUGGGCGAGAGCAUCUGAGACUGUUCUGUAAGCUGAAGAAAGCGGAUGAGCUCCCAACCCUCCGGGUAAAGCAGCAGCAGCAGCCUGGAAGGCUGUUGUAGAAGUCAGAAGGAUUUGCAGGUGUAGGAGAUACAGUAUGUCCUGCGAGCACAGCUGGAAGGGGAGAGAUUCACAUGCUGAUGGUCAAGACCCUGGAGGACCUGAACUGAGAAUUGUCCUUUUUGGUAAAACUGGAGCUGGGAAAAGUGCGACAGGAAACACCAUCCUUGGCGAGAGAAAGUUUGAGUCCAAGCUGAGUGUAAAGUCAGUAACUGAGACUUGUGCUAAAGGGAGGGUAACACGGGAUGGGAGGGAGGUUGUGGUUAUCGAUACUCCUGAUAUUUUUGUUACAAAGGCCCAUCCUGAAGAAUCUGCCUGUGAGAUCGCUCGCUGUAUCAUGCUGUCCUACCCAGGCCCCCAUGCUCUGGUGCUGGUUACACAGCUGGGCUAUUACACUGAGGAGGAUAAGGCAGCAGUCAGUCGAAUACCAGAGAUUUUUGGAGCUGAGGCUCUGAGGUACAUGAUCAUCUUAUUCACCCGGAAAGAAGAAUUACAAGGUGACUCACUGAACGACUAUAUAAGAGACUUGGACAACCAAGAUCUUCGGAAGUUGAUUACAGAUUGUGGGGACCGAUGCUGCGCUUUCAACAAUAAAGCAACUGGCACAGAAAGGGAUGAGCAGAUUAAUGAACUGAGGAAAGUGAUUGAGGAAAUGGUGGAGGUGAAUGGAGGCCAAUGUUACAGCAAUGAGCUGUAUAAAUAUGCCAAAGAGAAAAUUGAACAACAAGAGAGGGAACUUGAGAGAAAGUACAGAGAACUAGAGGAAGAAAAGGUAAAAGAAAUAAUACAUCACUUCAAGGAGAAAUAUAAAAAUAUAAAGGAAGGCUUAAACUCAAGGCCAGAGGAAGUAAAGGAAAUACAUCUAGAACUAGGCGAGACUGUAUAUCGAGCUUUAGAAAUGCUGCCAGAAGCUCAGAAAGCCACAGAGGUGGAACAGGAAGAAAACCUGCUGAAAGAAAUACAGAAAUACUACAAGGAAAAGUUCCCCUGUAGUGAGGUGCCCUGGGUCCCAGCUGCGCCUGAGAGGGUCGAGCCAGGCCAGACGCCGGAGUGGGCGGAGCCACUACCGCCUGAUCCCGCCCCCCGGAAGUCAAGGGGCGGGACAGGAAGUAUAAAAGCCCGGCCCCAGCACUCAGUUGACCGCUGGCCGCCAGAGAAGCCAGACGCUAGUGCCCGAGCUCCCACUGGGCCGAGCCUUCCCCGAGCCCCGUAUCCUAAGGAGCUGCCUGAGCUUCCCCGAACCCGGUAUCCUGAGGAGCAGCCCGGCCUACCCACCACUCAGUACCCUGAGGAGCCCAUGGUGUGGGACGCUGCGGAAGACGCCGCCGAGACACAGCUAAAAAGGAAAGGAAGAGAAAAUGAAGAAACUGCUGAAGGUGCUCAAGAAAGCAGCCACAUUAAAUUAAAAUUCAUCCUUGUUGGUAAGGCAGGAGCUGGGAAAAGUGCAACCGGAAAUACCAUCCUUGGCAACAACGUGUUUGAGUCGAAACUGGGGCCAAAGCCAGUAACCAAGACUUGCAGUACAGGGAGCAUGACCUGGAAUGGGAAGCAGGUUGUGGUUAUCGAUAUGCCUGACGUAUUUUCUCCAGAGGCCAGUGACACAGAAAUCUAUCGAGAGAUCAGUCGCUGUAUCGCGCUCUCUGCCCCUGGCCCCCAUGCUCUGGUACUGGUGACUCAACUGGGCCGUUACACUGCAGAAGACAAGGAAGCAGUGAAGCGAGUAUGGGAGAUUUUUGGAGUUGAAGCGAAGAGGAACAUGAUUGUCCUGUUCACCCGGAAAGAAGAUUUAGGGGGUGACUCACUGAGGGACUAUGUGAGAAAAUCACAUAACAAAAAUCUUAAGAAGCUGAUUCAAAAGUGUAAGAACCGAUACUGCGCUUUCAACAACAAAGCAACUGGAGCAGAGAGGGCCAAGCAGGUUAACGAGCUGAUGGAAAUAACUGAGAGAAUGAUGGAGGCGAAUGGAGGCCAAUGCUACACCAAUGAGCUGUAUGGAGGUGGUGUAUGGUGGAUGGAGAAACUGAAGAAAAGUACAUGAAGAUUGAAGAAAAACUGAGAGAGUACAUGGCAAAACAA